CUUAAAUUAUUUUUUUUUAAAUCCAUGUUUAACCAUGAUUUCUUAUGCUUGUUCUUAAAAGUUGAAGUAUUAUUGAAAAUAAAAAUAAUUUUGUAAAAUGCAAAAGUCGGAAACCCUAGAAAUUGAGAUGGAAUGCAAAGGUGUGCUGUUGGUAGCAACACCCUCACUUCUGCUGGCCAUCGAUCCGGCCAGGUUGACAACCCGUCCUGAAAAGGAUCUUAAAUCUCAGAUGCCAUCGCCACCGGUCUUCAAGGUGCUCAAUAUGGUGGCGAACGGGUUUCCCUACGGUAUGCGCUUCUUCGUACGGGAAUCCAAACUCUACCUGGUCGGCGACGAAAAAAGCGCGGAAGGAGUUUCCAUGGAACAACUUUAUUACGAGGAAGACGACAUCGAGGUUGAUUCGUCCUUCGGAACACAGGGGGCUUCCCCUUAUAUCUACGUAUCAGAUCUCACCACGCCCGAUUCCAUCACUGACUUAUGUAAGCUUCCGACCGCCAUGCUUGGCCCGAAACCUAAUCCCUAUAUUGCGGAAGUUGAAGGGAAGAUAUAUGUGCUUUACGGCAAUCCAUAUUUCUACCCUCAGGACGAUCUUCUUUUUCCAACUUUCGAAGUUUAUGAUCCAUCUGUGGGCCAAUGGGAAGCCCUACCUGAUCCUCCUUUCUACCCUCGAGAGAAUUGGAUAGACGUAGAAGAGUUUGAAGUACAUGCAAUUUCAGUCAUGGGAACCAGUAUUUAUGUGAAGGCUAGCAAAAAUUAUCAUUCUUACAAUGUCAAUACCAAAAUAUGGGAUUCGCUUGGUUCUAAGUUCUCUGCCACACCCCUCCUCCAUCCUAUGCAGUCUUGUAUUCAUCCUGCCAAGAUUGUGCCCCCAUAUGAUGACAUCUUCAUUGGCCUUCAUAGCGCCACCGCGUUUGCAGUCUUGAUUCAUAGCGAUGGAGCCGUCAUUAAUAUGGGUGAGAAGGAGAUGUGCGUCAUUAUGGCAGGUAUUUGGGAAGGCAAACACACUACCGCUUAUAUUACCACUUUUCACAUUGAGAAGCUGCAUGCCUCAGCUCAGGCCCCCGCUGUGACUAGUGCCGAAGGUUCCUCAGCUCCAGCCCCCAAGUGAGCCAAGCGAGCCAAGACUAUUGCGCCUCAGCACCUGUUCAAGAUAGUGAUGAGCUACCACCUUUUUUAUCUGUCACUUGCUUGACAAAAGGGAAGGAUAGAAGAACACUGUAUUUAGCUUGAGAUCAGUUUGAGCGCUUUAACUUGAGGGCAGCCAAGCAUCAUAUAUCCAUCUCAACUGAAACGAAAAGAGGAGAGAAAGGCAGAAAUGCUAUGGAUACUGUUUUCUGGUGCAAUCAAGUACUUGUAAAAUUACUUCAAAAAUGGUACUAAAUGUUGCAUUACUAUUUUAGCGAUUUUUGGUUAAGUACUUGUUAGACAUAUAUGCCUAAAGCAAUUGAUGGGCAUGGAGGUUGCUUGCCUUUUCUGUUGCCCACAUUUGGGUAUAAACGUAGUGAUGUAAUCAUGGAUUACACUUUAUUUUGAUCUGAUUUUAUUUGUGUUGCCCUUUCA